CUGGUGCUGCUCUUACUGCACUUACACUGCAGAGACUUGCCUAGAGGAGCACCCUGGAACCAGAAUGGAAGGUCCUUCCUCCUGCGAUGUCUGGCCAGUGUCCUUUAUUACUAAUGCUUAACAUCGUGCCAGCUGGCAAAGGAAAUCUAUUUAAAGGCUCCGGCUCCAUUUUUGCAGAGUAGGCAAUGACGGUGAUGCCAUCUGCAAUUUUGUGAUCUGCAAUGAUUCUUCCCUUCGAGGUCAGCCCAUUAUCUUCAAUCCUGAUUUUUUUGUGGAGAAACUCCGACACGAGAAACCCGAGAUGUUCACGGAGUUGGUGGUCAGCAAUAUCACAAGGCUCAUCGAUUUACCUGGAACUGAGUUGGCUCAGCUGAUGGGGGAAGUGGACCUUAAGUUGCCUGGUGGGGCUGGCCCAGCCUCAGGGUUCUUCCGGUCUCUAAUGUCUCUCAAGCGAAAGGAAAAAGGAGUAGUAUUUGGAUCCCCACUGACAGAGGAAGGUAUCGCCCAGAUAUACCAACUAAUUGAAUAUCUACACAAAAACUUGCGAGUAGAGGGCUUGUUUAGAGUACCAGGGAAUAGUGUCCGGCAGCAGAUUUUAAGGGAUGCUCUCAAUAACGGAACGGAUAUUGACUUGGAAUCAGGGGAGUUUCACUCCAAUGACGUCGCCACCUUGCUGAAGGUGUUUCUAGGAGAGUUACCUGAGCCCCUGCUGACACACAAACAUUUUCACGCACACCUCAAAAUUGCUGAUUUGAUGCAGUUUGAUGAUAAAGGAAACAAGACCACUGUACCAGAUAAGGAGCGGCAAAUCGAGGCUCUUCAGUUGCUCUUCCUCAUUCUCCCUCCACCCAAUCGUAACUUACUGAAGUUACUGCUCGAUCUCCUGUACCAAACAGCGAAGAAACAAGACAAGAAUAAGAUGUCUGCCUACAACCUUGCCCUUAUGUUUGCACCCCAUGUCCUGUGGCCAAAAAAUGUCACUGCAAAUGACCUUCAAGAAAAUAUCGCAAAGUUAAACCAUGGGAUGGCUUUUAUGAUUAAACACUCCCAGAAACUUUUUAAGGCUCCUGCUUACAUUCGGGAAUGUGCCAGAUUGCACUAUUUGAGCUCCAGAACUCAGGCAUCAAAGGAUGAUCUUGAUCUGACAGCUUCAUGUCAUUCUAAGUCCUUCCAACUGGCAAAAUCUCACAAAUGGAACCAGGUAGAUUUCUGCUCUCAUCAGGAGGAGACCCAGCAGCGGACAGAGGAGGCACUGAGAGAGCUGUUCCAACAUGUUCACAAUAUGCCAGAGUCGGCAAAGAAGAAACAGCUUAUCAGACAGUUUAAUAAGCAAGCUGUGACCCAGACACCAGGGCGCGAACCUUCUACUCCCCGGGUACAGAAGAGGGCCCGUUCACGGUCCUUCAGUGGCCUUAUUAAGCGUAAGGUCCUGGGAAAUCAGAUGAUGUCAGAAAAGAACAAGGCCCCCACUCCAGAAUCUCCAGCCAUUGGUGAAUUGAAGAGAGCCAGCAAAGAAAAUCUGAACUUAUUAUUUUCUGGCUCUCCAGCUGUCACGAUGACACCAACAAGAUUGAAAUGGUCUGAGGGGAAGAAAGAGGGGAAAAAAGGAUUCCUCUGAAGGAGCCAGAGUUCUCCUGUUGUCCACCCAGAAUUUUCUUUUUUAGUGGGUGAGGGAAUGCUCACAGAGAAGCUUGGACUUGCAGCUUGCUUGCUGCAUUUUGAAUUGUGAAAAUUAAUCCUAUGACCUGGCUGAUACCUCUAACCCCACUCACUGGAUGAUUUCUGCAGACUCUGCUUUCUGAACCAGUGCUAGCAACUCUCUCUCUCUCUCUCUUUAGUAUUAUGGGGAAACCACUAACCAGUCAACCAGCUUACACAGCACAGUAAAUGGGCCGAACUAGGCAGACUCCAGUGCUCAGUCCGUGUAUUUGUUUAGACAAACUCUGUUUUUUAAAAAUAUGAAUUUGUGCUGAACUGCCAGUGAUUUCUUUCUUUUCUUUUUUUUAAAUACUGUCAAUCCUAGUGGAUUGAUGUUUUUUAAUUGAUAUUUUGACAGUGUUGGGUAUUUUGGUUAUUUCUUAUUUAUUUGUUGUUUAUGUUUUUCAAAGCCAUGUUGUUUUUUUUUUUUUGGUAGGUAAUCUAAAUGGGCUCUAAGCCAGAUGUCUUUCUUCUCUUUUUCACCUUCACUUUGGGAAAGUUCUUUAUCUCAUGAGGCUGUAUCCCUCAAUACCUUUGUCGUGUCCAAGGAAUUUAUAGCUUUCUUGGAAAAUUUCCAUUAUUUCUUGGACCUGAGAUUGCAGGGUAUUUGAAAAAUGAGAAUUCAGAAUGAUACAAUUUUAACAAAUGUUAAUUAUUAAACUGUGUCCCUCUCUUCUUCUUUCCUCAGUGAUGCCAAAUAAUUGUGUGGUUGCUGAACUCGUUUCCUUCAUUCAGUUUCCUCUUGCUUGAAACAUCUCUGGUGCCAGGGUAGUGCCAGUACUUCUGUGCCAAAUCACUCUGACUCCAGGAAAGUCACCGACAGCUUAAAAGAGGUUUGCUGAAAUGUCUGUAUGUAGUGGAAGCUCUGGAGUAUGACUAGGAUGGGGCUGGCUGGUUUUAGGUCCAGGAUCCCUUCGGGAUGGGAUUAUAUUGCCUCCUUCUAAGGGAUCAGCUGUGCAGGCCAGCCCGUCUCCUGAGAGCCAGCUGGAGUCAGUGGAAGGAAGGCAGCAAUAGUUUCUGCAGGGCUGAGAGGAUUGAAAGGAGGGAAUGUUUUCAUUUGGAAGCAGUGUGGCUUAUCACCAAUGUUCAAGGAGCUGCACUGCCCCUGUCCGUGUCAGAAUGGACACGGGGCGUAGUUUGGAGGUGGAGCUAGAGCUUUGACGGGGUUGAAAUGUUCACAUGUACUUGAGGGGAGUGAUGGCAUGGCUUUCAUCACGUGUAAAUAACUGCUCACUGCCCAGAGAGCAGCAUGUGGCAGGCGGGAAUGUUCGGUUUGUGCGCUCUGUUAAGCUGUGUAACUGUUCUCACCCCGUGUGCUGAGCUGGGUCAGGCCUCCGUGGGGAAGCAGUUACCCAGCAAAGGAUGGCUGGCUGAUCUGCUUUUAAACUGUUGACAAUACUACGUUAUUGCUGAAAUGAAAGGUGACUCUGGAGAGCAGAGUGUGGUUUUGUGUCCAAGUGUCCGUCCUCUCUUCCAUUCUUUCUGUUUCUUUUGCUGCUGGAACAGCAAUAGUGAAGAAAAAAAAAUUGGUCUUCCCACUUGAUAGACUGUGAACAAUAGAUAGUUAGGAGUAUAAAACUGUGUAGUUCUGUCAUUCUUAAAAAUACUUAUUAGAAAAUUCAUUUGUCUAGGUUUCUAUUUGGCUUUUUUUUUUUUUUCCUUAUUGAGAAAAAAAAAAAGUUCCUUGACCCAGCUAUCAGUGAAUUCAAACAGAAACCCCUUUUGGUAUGACCAGACUGAAGUAGUAUUCUCCCUUCCACGCCAUGCCUUCUUUCUUUCUUUACUCAUCUAAGUGUUUCAUCCCGGAGAGCUAUGUUGUGUUAAACACGGGUGGGCAUCAGGCAGACCGAGCAGAGCAGUGACCUGAUGGCUCGUCAUCGAGUUCGUUCUGUGGUUCUAUUUGAGGGCGGGACCUGAGAUUUUGGAGGUAAUUGGUAAUUGGAUGGAAUUGGUAGCCCAGGGUCAUGUUCUGGGGCUCAGGUGGUGAGAGGUGUUUGACACGUGCAUAUGCUUUUUUAUAGCUCACCCAUGGGCAGUUUAUGUGUGUAUCUGGGUGUGUGUGUUUCAUUUAAGUUAUUUGUUAAAUAUGCUUUCCCUUGUUUUAAGGGUAUGAUAGCGCUUUUUUUAAUAAAAGCUGUGAUCCAGUUGGAAUCCAAAUUUGAGACAAUAAAUUGCAUCACCUUUUGCCUUGUAAUAUAUAACCGUUCUAAUCCUGUGGAGUCUUACGGAGAACUCAAAGGCAAAGACCCUUUUCGCUUGCCACAGAAUGGUACUAUUUCCCUUCUGACUUGGUGGGCGGGUAUUUUUGAGCCAGUAUUUAACAAUUUUUAACAUCUCUAAGAUGUUUCAUUAAUGUUUUGUUAUGUUUACUUCUCAUGUUGAAACAAUCUCUGUGGAAAUGCCUCUUUCUCAGGCUUUUAUAAUUUCAUCUCUUUCUGGGGUCAGUUGCGAUGGGUUUUGAUGUGGGCACAGUACGGUAUCGUGCCAGGAGGCACGAGCGUCAAAACGCAGAGCAACUCCUUGAUUAAGGUCUGCUUUUCUCUGCUGAAGAGCCACUGAAUCAGUGACAACUGUAGGCGCAGGGUUUUGCGGCUGUUGACAAUGAUGGACUUUUGUGCUGGGACCAGUGAAUCUGGUUUGAAAACUCCACUGCAGCAGUGAAAAAGGAUUAGGAGAUGCUGGCUAUACCUGAGUGCCAAACAUGCAAAAGGAGCUGGUACUGAAUGAAUCAUAACUGAAACCACAGUUGAUCCACCACAAGCUCUUUACCCUGAAUGUCCUUCAGAGUCAGUCAGCAGUGACAAGGGAGCGCUCUUGGGAAAUGGAGCAGGGCUGUGACUGGUGACCGCCCGGUGUUCCAGACGUGGCUGUUUUGUUGGCCUGGAAGGAAGCCAGUUGAUCCCAGAGUGUCAGAACAGAGCUAUUCGUUCUUCCUGAAUAGCAAUGUUUCUGUUCAGCUUCCCUCACAGGAGCCUAUAUUAGGACACGGUUUAAAAUCCUGCCAUCCAGGAGAACCUGUAGACAUUGGGCCUGUGCCCCAUAGUGACUGACUGACUAGCUGUGUGGCCACGAGUAACUGGGGAAGCCAUCUUUGGGAAUGGACUUCUCUAGACGCUGUUUUCUUACUUUGUACAAGGCCUUGUACAGAUGCUUGAAGCUGGAGGCUCUCAUCCUGAAGUCUUUUCUAAGUAGAACUCCUUUCCUCAGCGAGAGCCUCACCCCUGCCCUCCUUCACCCCGCAGCCUUUGUGCUAAAUGCAGGACCUGCAUCCAUACCUGGGCACCAGCAUUUGGCAGGAUUGCCCUAGAAUUUGGGGGGAGAUUUGGGUCCCUAAGAUCACAGGCUUUUUAAACCAGUGGUAAUUAACCCAGUGUAAAACUACUAUAGAAAAGCUGGCUUUCCCAGACAACUAAUGCUGAGAUCUUUCCACCAGUGGAGAGUUGAGGGAGGGGCUAGUGAGGAGGUGGAGUACAUAAUACUUGAGUGCUUGGGUUACCAUGGAAACCGGGGCAUGUGUGCGAGGCCUCAGCCUAUGCUAAAGAGCCACUGAGCACUCCCCCCAUACGUUUGGUGACCACCAGAACCUGUUGGGAAAAACACUGCCGUCCCAGGCUCCUUUCUUCAUAGCAAGGGUUGCCUUUGCACUAUCCCUGAGCGUACUCAACAAGAGAGACAAGGUUUCUUAACUGUUUCACUGUUUUUUAUUUUCCAUUCUUAUAUGACUAUAUAUCAUAUACACACAUGUGUGUGUAAUUAUGAAGAAAUAAUCAACAUUGUCUUUCUUUGCUAUUCAUGUAAUAUUCUGAAAUUAAAUUUCUUUUGUUUCAUAUCCA